CCACGCCCCGCCCCUUUACCCCCCGCCUCCACCGCCCCCCCCACUGGCCACACGCGUGGCGACCCGGGAUCGAACGCGGCCGCUUCGGCCUCCUCGGGUGAUCAACAGCAGCAGCAGCCUCGAACCAAGAAUAUGAACCACAACACGUCGCUGUCCUCGUCCAGGAGCAUAAACCAUCAUCACGCAAACUCCGGUCUCCUCGCAGCAGCAGCAGCAGCGGCGGCGGCUCUUGGCCGCAUAUCACAUGCUUUCAAGGGAAAAUCGGAAGACCCAUGAACAAAAUCCGCGUGACCACGGGACGAGAGAACACGAGAGCUCCCAAGUACAGGUAGGUCCGGUCGAGUCCAGUCCACGCGCAGUCGUGAGGAGGAGGAGGAGGAGCAAAGCGGCAACGUCCUGGUGGAGGACUGUUGCAGAAGACCUCGUGGGGGGAGUCGUCGCGAGUGAGGAGUCGUCGCGAGCGAGGAGGUGUCGCGAGCGAGGAGGUGUCGGGAGUGAGGAGGUCCCGGUGAGGUGUCGGGAGCGAGGAGGUGCCGCUGAGGAGGUUUGAGGAGGAGGCGUCGAGUCGAGGAGGCAGAGCGACGACGACGACGAGGAGGCGGAGGAGGCGGUGGAGGCGAUGACGAGCGAGGUUAUUGACGACGAGCCGGAGUUCUACAGCCGGGCGGAGGAGUACUGGCGGCAGACGUCGCCCACCGUGGACGGCAUGCUGGGCGGGUACGGCCACAUCUCCAGCAUCGACAUCGCCGCCUCGCGCAAGUUCCUGCUGCGCUUCCUUGACAAGGGGGAGGGUGGUGGAGGCACGGGCAAGACUGGCAGAGGCCGCGCGCUGGACUGCGGCGCCGGCAUAGGCCGCAUCACGAAGCGACUGCUGCUGCCGCUGUUUCGCUGCGUGGACCUGGUGGACGUGACGCCGGGAUUCCUGGAGCGCGCCAAGGCCCACCUGGGCCCCGAGGCGUCGUCGCGCGUCGGCAGCUUCUACUGCUGCGGCCUGCAGGACUUCUCCUUCGGCGACGUGACCUACGACGUCGUGUGGAUCCAGUGGGUGAUCGGCCACCUCACGGACGAGCACUUGGUGGGCUUCCUGGCGCGGUGUCGCGGCGCUCUGCGGCCCGGCGGGGUCGUGUGCAUCAAGGACAACAUGGCGUCACAGGGCGUGGUGCUGGACGAGGCCGACAGCAGCGUGUGCCGUGAGCUGUCUCUGGUGCGCGCCCUGGUGGAGCGCAGCGGCCUGCGAGUGGUCGCCCAGGAGCCCCAGGACAACUUCCCCAAGGAGAUCUACACCGUGUGGACGCUCGCGAUGCAGUAGCCGUGCGUGGGAGGCGGGGUGCCCGCCAACCGCGGCGUUGGCGGUGUCGUUAACGCAGCUUCGCGGGAAGGGUAUUUGCCAGCAGCGGGGGGGGGGGGGGGGGGGGGAAUGGCGUUGGGCGAAGACGCUUCGACUUUGUGCUCAGGCCCAGGUCGCGGCGGGUCGUGGCUCACGAGAGUUCUGGCCGCCGCCGUGCUACGGAUGGGCAAGGGGGGGCGCUCGAUCGUCCGGCGUUGCGGGCGACGGAGACCCGAAGUUUCCGUCAUAGCCAAGCCC